CCCCCCCCUUCCAAACUUCUCCCCUAGGAACUACCAGAGCUACGUAGACUGUUUCGACACCAGACUGCCUACGUCACGGAAUCCUGCGGACCUGUUCCUCACGCUGGUGUUUGAGAGGAAGAACAUGGAGCUUGCCUACACUGGGCUGUGUACGCUUGAUCUGGAGGAACUGAGGCAGAACAUUCGCUGUCUGCUGAGCACUCCAGAAAUCCGCCGGUGUUACGCCACUUUCAACCAGGGUAUCAACCAGAUCGCAGGUCUGCAGCGACAGCAACAGUUGCCUCGGGUAACCAUGGAGCAACUGGCGUGCAAUGUCUCUGUGGCGAGGUACCAGUGCGAGACGGCCGUCUACCGCUUCUGCAACGCACGGGCCGGGGAGAUAAUGCAGGACUUUUUCUUCGCCGGGGUCACACAGGAGUGCCGUGACGCCACAGGAGUUCGCUCCCGCUACGUGGACAUCUUCACCGGCGGUGCCGUGACCUUGACCUACCCGGGCACCGUGCCCUUGAUGCUGGCCGCUCUGCUCGUGCUCUUCCUCACCCGGUUUAGCUGACUUCCAUCGUUUUGUCUCACGGGGGCGAUUCUGGGAGUUGGAAGGAUAGGGGCUGAUAGUCAUACACACAGCGCAACAGGCGUAGUAACAUUUCCUUUCUCUCUCUCCGUGUCUAAAUAUUAUCGCAGGAGCAACAAUGUAACAUAUUUUUCUUACACUCAUUCUCUCACUCAGCCUGCAAUGCAUACAGAUUUGGGGCAGAUGCCUAGUUUCUCAACAAACAAAUUGUGACCAGAAUUAUGCAUCUAUAAUUUUUUGCUUUGCUCAAAGUCUUGGCCCAUACAAACUAGCCAAAUCUGGUUAUGUAAAAUUAGGGAAAUCCAUUUGCUCUUACCAAUCCGUCAUAGAUCUCGAGACACACAAAGUCAAGAACUAUCUGUAUUUGUCUUACAUCCUUCUUACAUUUCUUAAGAUCUCCUUUCUUAUUCUGAUAAACCAGCAAGAAAAUGGGACUCUCCUCCCUGCAUGGCCUUUCAACUCCAGUUGAGGACAUAAAUUACACUAGUUGAGGGUGGGUGUUAAAAUUAAAAGUAGAUUGCAUACUUUGUAAUGUAUAUCCAGGUUUGCAUUGCAGUGGCAUUUACAAUUGUCUCCUCCUUCCUGGAAUGAUAUGUGUCACGACGUGGUGGAAUCAGGUGCUCGACAAUUUUUGGGAAUAUAAUAUGGUCAUUCAUAUAAAACGUCAAAGCUUGUUCAUUUGUCUUGCAUUUUGUGAAAAAAUAUCCCUUUAUUUUGAUUAGAAGUCGAUGUAUUUG